AUGUCGGAACCGAACAAGAAACACCAAUUCGUCGACAACAACAAAUUCCCCUCCUCCUCCUCCUCCACCUCCACCUACUCGUCUCCUUCUUCUUCGACUCUGCAGUCGAGCCUCCGAAACCCUCGGAUCGUGCGGGCCCCGCGCGACUCCGGCGGCAAGGACCGCCACAGCAAGGUCUCCACCCUCCGCGGCCUCCGCGACCGCCGCAUCCGCCUCUCCGUCCCCACCGCCAUUCAGCUCUACGACCUCCAAGAUCGUCUCGGCCUCCCGCAACCCAGCAAAGUCGUCGAUUGGCUACUCGACGCCGCCAAGGAAGACGUCGACAGACUCCCCCCACUCCCCGCCAUCCCCGGCCUCCUCCCCCCUCCGGCGCCGGCGCCGCCUCCGGCAGCCUCUUUCGCCGGAGGGUUUCAAAAUUUCUUCCCGGCGGGCGGUGGGCAGUGCUUCGCGCUGCCCUACGAUGGGCCGGGCAGCGGCGGAGGGAGUUAUUAUGGCAGCGGGUGGGACCCGGCGGCCGGACUUUCGUUGGCCGGAUUUGGGGAGGAGAAAAUGCCGGGUUUUGGAGCGGGUUCAGGUUCGGGUCGACAGUUGUAUUUGUGCCCGACGCCGGGGAAUGGGAUGCCGGCGACGGGGACGGUUUUCGCGCCGUUUGCGCCGGAAAACGAGCAGUCGAGGCAGAUCAACUUCAUGCAGAAUUGA